CCCUGCGGGGUUGGGGUCUGCGAGGGGGCUGGGGCAGGGUGGGCGCUGGGACAGCGGCUGCGUGCCGGGGAGCCAGGGGCUGAUCCAGCCCCGUCAGUGACCCCACAAUCCCGAGGGGAUUUCUUCCCGUUGCAGACCUCUCCCGGGUGAAGGACCCACUCUCGGCGUUUGCAGGGGCGCAUUCAGCUGCCCAGCCACCUGCGACCCGCCCUGGCAGCCCAGGGCCCGCACAAGUGCCCAGAUGUGCCCCCCGGCAGCCCAGCCCGGCCCGGGGAGCGCUCGGUGCCCGGCGCUGGCACAGGAACAGACGGUGCUGCGGUGGCCGGGAACGAGACGGGCUGGAAAGGAGACAGGGUUUGGCUGCAGGGGGGGAGGAUCAGGCAGGAGGACCGGGCUGCGCUGCCCCGGCCCCACUCCACGGCCCCUUCCCCUGUACAGGUCACACGGGGCUGGGGAAUGCUGCUCCUUGCUGUGGGACAGCCUGGGGGCUUCAAACCCCCGUCUCAGGCCCUUUGAGGGAUGGGAGCUCUGUGUGCUAAGGGGUGGCCCAGCACCCUUGAGUGAGUGGCUGGGGGGUGGGUGGCUGUCAGCAGUUGUCCCCAUUGCUGCUGUCUGUUCUCUGCCUUUGUGUCUCCUCCUGGGCUGCACUCAGAGUCCCAAGAGCUGUGCCUGGCUGGUGCUGCAGGCACAGCCUACUGUCCCAGCUGGCACUGCACCCCAGAAGCCCUUGCCCUGGCACUGCAGUUCAUUGUGCCUUCUUGGCUGGCACUGCAACCCCAGCCCCCCUUGCCCAGUGGCACUGCCCUCUCUAGCCCUGCCUGGCUGCACAGAGCGCCCUGCCCAGCCAGCCCUGUGUCCCACAGCCCACUGUCCCCACCAGCAUUGCACCCUAUAGCCCUGUGCCCCCAACAGCCCGUGCUGCACCCCCCAAGAGCUGCUCCUGCACCUCCAACAUCUGUCCCCGCACCCCGGGCUGCCAUGCAGAAGCCCCUGAGCCCUGCCCCAUCCCACACCCUGCACCGCUGCCUUGCAGCCCCAUCCCACACCCUGCACCGCUGCCAUGCAGCCCCGUCCCACACCCUGCAGUGCUGCCAUGCAGCCCCAUCCCACACCCUGCACCGCUGCCUUGCAGCCCCAUCCCACACCCUGCCUGUUCACACGAAGGCCCUGAGGCUACGCCUGCCCUCGGGCACCCCAAAAGCUCCUCCCGGGUGAAGCGGGGCUGCGCCGGGCCUGGUCGGGCUUCGCCUGGGCGUGAAGGGAGCCUGGGAGCAGGAGGGGCCAGGCGAGGCGGCAGGAAUGCGAGUGGGAGAGCGGCCGGGCAAGUAGCGACAGCUCCAGCGAGCGCGGAUCCCACACGCGGCUCGGGCAGGGAGCGGAGCCCGGCACGGCUGCGGCCGGAAUGGGGCAGCCCGUGGUUCACCCCCUCUGAGAGCCGGGGCGCAGGGCGGCGAGUCCGGGGCAGCACGGCCACGGCGGGUCCCGGCCCCGCGGAGCUCGGCUGGGAUUCCCCCGGCGGGUAAUGCCCGGCUGGGCCGGCGCAGGGUGCUGAGGAUCCCGGGGGCCGAGCAGCCGUGAUGACCCCCGAGAAGGUGCUGAGGGAGGGGGUGCUGGAGAAGCGGAGCGGGGGGCUGCUGCAGCUCUGGAAGAAGAAGCGGUGCCUGCUGACGGAGAAGGGGCUGCAGCUCUUCGAGCCCAAGGGCUCGCGGCGCAAGGAGCUGAGCUUUGCCCGCAUGAAGGCCGUGGAGUGCGUGGAGUGGAAGGAGCGGCACAUUUACUUCACGGUGGUGAUGGACGACAGCCUCGAGAUCGACUUCCGCUGCGCCCAGGAGGACCCGGGCUGGAACGCUGAGAUCACCAUGGGGCUCGUGCGCUUCAAGAACCAGCAGGCCAUGCAGGAGGUGCGCGCCCGGCACAGCUGCCGAGCAGUGGUGCAGCUGGACACAGCCCCGGUGGGACAGCCCAGGCAAUCGCAGCUUCCUAGGAGUCGGAUGGAGAUGGCCCUCGGCUCGGCGGGUGCUGGGGAGAACGGGAUCCCUGCGGGCAAGUGAGGUCACCGCUGUGCAGCCCGGGGAUGGGGACAGUGGCCACGGGGAGGCUGGUGCUGGCGCUGGCUCCCCCCUUGCCGGGGCAGGACAGAGGCACCACCACAAGAGCUGGGCUGGCACAGCCACCUCCUCUUGGCACAGCGGGCCAGAGGACACCGCAGGGCCAUCACCUGACACUUCAGGCAAAGCAGGAGGUGACAUCCUUGCCUGGGGCCCCACCACCCUUCAUUCAGCUAACGUGUGCAGGACCUUGGUGCACAGGUGGGGACCCCAGGCCUCUCCUGCAGGACAGGGGAUGGAUGAGGCUGUGCCUGAAGGAUCCGUGCCACAGGGAGCUCUGCCUGUGUGACAGUGACACUGGGACAGAUGGAUGUGGCUGGGUCCCGAUUUUAAAAAGGGGCUGGAAAGCUGCUGCUGCAGCAGGGACUCCUCAGCAGGGCACUGAAAAGAUGGUUUGGUGACACAGCUGUGCUGCUGGACAUUGUCUCACCCUGGGAUGUCCUUGGGAUGUUGGGGAAUGCUGGGGAUCCCAAUUCUGUGUACCAAAACACUUAACAGGACUUUCAGCUUCUUA